GAGAGAGGAGGGUGUGGAUCCUGAGGGAGUGUCAAAGAUGCAGCACCCUUCCAUGCUGCUGCUACUGCUGCUGCUGCUGAUGAUCUCCCUGCCACUGACCAGAGGACUGUCAUGUGAGAAGCUCCUAGAGCCCUGUGCCAAUGGGGGCACCUGCCUGAACUUGCCCCAGGGUGAAGAAACCUGUCAGUGUGCUCCAGGCUUCUUGGGUGAGAGGUGCCAGUUUCCAGAUCCCUGCCAGAAUCCCAGGCCCUGCCAAAAUGGAGGCAGUUGUGAGAGCCUGCUCCCCAAUCACCAGGGAGCCCCCUCCUCCCACCCUCCCAGUUUCUUCUGCUCCUGUCCGCCUGGCUUUGGAGGAUCACGGUGCCAACUCAAAGACCCCUGCCUGUCCUAUCCCUGUUACCAUUAUGGCCGAUGCCACGUCUUGCCUUCUGGCCAGCCUCGAUGUCACUGUCUAUCCGGAUGGACAGGGGAGCACUGCCAGCGGUACGACUUCUGUAAAGCAAACCCUUGUGCCAAUGGAGGGAUCUGUCGGACCACAUACCCCCAUAUUCUAUGUGACUGCCCCCAAGGCUUUGAGGGCAAUAGCUGUCAACAUGAUGUCAAUGAGUGUUUCCAGGACUCGGAGCUCUGCCCCACAGGUGCCACCUGCCAUAAUAUACUGGGCUCCUACAAAUGUCUCUGUCCCCCAGGACAGGAUGGGCCCCGGUGUGAAUUCCAGGUGGGACCCUGCCCUGCUACAGGGUGCCAAAAUGGGGGCACCUGCCAACUAGCGCCUGGGUCCACCACUCUCCACCACUGCCUCUGCCUCCCAGGUUUCACAGGCCGAAAGUGUGGAGUGAAUCCAGAUGAUUGCAUUGGACACAGCUGUCAGAAUGGAGGCACCUGCCGAGAUGGACUAGAUGCCUACACCUGUCUCUGCCCUGAGACCUGGGCAGGAUGGGACUGUUCAGAGGAUGUGGACGAGUGCGGAGCCACCAGCCCCGCACGAUGUCAAAACGGCGGCACCUGUCAGAACACCCCUGGCAGCUUUCACUGUGUGUGUGUGAGUGGCUGGGGUGGCCCAAACUGUGAGGAGAACCUGGAUGACUGCGCUUCUGCCACUUGUGCCCAGGGGUCUACAUGCAUUGAUAGGGUGGGCUCCUUCACUUGCCUCUGCCCCCCAGGUCUCACAGGUCUUCUGUGCCAGCUACAGGAUAUGUGUCUGAGUCAGCCCUGCCACCCCAAAGCCCAAUGCAGUACCAAUCCCAUCUCAGGAGCCAUACUUUGUCUAUGCCAGCCUGGCUACUCUGGACCCACCUGCCACCAGGAUCUGGAUGAAUGUCAGAUGGUCCACCACAGCCUUAGUCCCUGUGAACACGGCGGCUCCUGCCUCAACACCCCAGGCUCCUUCAACUGCCUCUGCACCCCAGGCUACACUGGCUCCCGAUGCGAGACUGACCAUGAUGAGUGUCUCUCUCAGCCCUGUGACCCUGGUAGCACUUGUCUUGACCUGCUCGCUACCUUCCACUGCCUCUGUCCUCCAGGUUUUGAGGGACAGCUAUGUGAGGUGGAGAUAGAUGAGUGUAAGUCAGAACCCUGCCAACAUCAGGGCAACUGCCAUGAUCAGCUGAAUGGCUUCCUGUGUGACUGCCUUCCUGGCUUCACUGGCCCCCAUUGUGAGGAGGACAUAGACGAGUGUGCCAGCUCUCCCUGUGCCCAUGGUGGAAAGUGCCAAGACCAGCCUGGGGCCUUUCACUGCGAGUGUCCUUCAGGAUUUGAAGGUCUUCAAUGCCAGGUGGAAAUAGAUGAAUGUCUUAGCAACCCCUGCUCCUCAGGAUCUAGCUGUCUUGAUCUCCCUGGCUCCUUCUCCUGCAGUUGCCUCCCAAAUGUUACAGGACGACUCUGUGAGUUCUCCUUGUGCCCACCCUCCUUGUGCCCUCCAAAGUGGGGAUGUCAAGCAGAAAACCAGUGCCUCUGCCCUGAUGGAAACCCCAGCUGCCCCCCUGCCAAAGACAACUGCACCUGCAAACAUGGACAAUGCCAAGGAUCCACAUGUGUGUGUGAUGUGGAUUGGACAGGGGAAGACUGUGAGGAGGAGCUGGGGGGCUGUGUUUCAGAGCCUUGUGCCCAUGGGGGUACAUGCCAUCCCCAGUCCCAUGGCUACAACUGCACCUGCCCCACUGGAUACACAGGCCCCACCUGCAGUGAGGAAGUGACCAAGUGUGACUCCAGGCCAUGCCUUAAUGGUGGCUCCUGCAGCCCUACCCCUGAAGGUUACUCCUGUACCUGCCUUCCUAGCUACACUGGGUCUCACUGUCAGACCAGCAGGGACCACUGCACAUCUGUCUCAUGUCUCAAUGGGGGCACCUGUGUGGAUGGAACCAGUACCUUUAAAUGCUUUUGCCCCAUGGGAUUCAAAGGGACAUAUUGUGAAGAGAAAUCUGCCCCCAACUGUGCAGACAGACCCUGCAGGAAUGGGGGGACCUGCCAAGAAGGCUUGGAGGGACUUCACUGCCUCUGCCCCCAUGGUUACACAGGAGACAGAUGUCAGAACUCCCUGGACCUCUGUGCUCCAAAUCCCUGCCAACACAAUGCCUACUGCUUCCAGACUGGCUCCUCCUUCCAAUGUCUUUGCCCUGGGGGCUGGACAGGGUCUCUCUGUGAACUGCCUCUCUCACUCUGCCAAGUGGCUGCCCUGAACCAAGGCAUAGAGGUCUCUUCCUUGUGUCAGAAUGGAGGGCUCUGCAUGGACAAUGGUAUGUCCCAUUUCUGUCAGUGCCCACCUGGGUUCCAAGGCAGCUCAUGCCAGGACAAAGUGAAUGUGUGUGAGUUGGGGCCCUGCCAGCAUGGGGCUACAUGUAUGGCCCAUCCCAAUGGGUACUUCUGCCAGUGUGCCCCUGGCUAUCACGGACAGAACUGCUCAGAGGUGGAUGCUUGUCAGUCCCAACCCUGCCAUAAUCAUGGCACCUGUUCCUCAGUCCCUGGUGGCUUCCACUGUUCCUGCCCCCCUGGCUUUGUAGGACUGCGCUGUGAGGGUGACGUGGACGAAUGCUUGGACCAGCCUUGCUACCCUGCAGGCACUGUGGCCUGCCAGUCUCAGGCCAAUGCUUUCUUCUGCCAGUGUCUCCCAGGAUACACAGGUCAGCGCUGUGAGGAAAAGCUGGAUGCCUGCAAGAGUCAGCCCUGCUCCCAUGGUGGAACCUGUGAAGUGGUAGUGGGAAGUCAUCUUGGUUUCACCUGCCACUGCCCCGUGGGCUUUGAAGGUCCCACCUGCCUCCAUGGUGCCCCUUCCUGUGGCCCCCACCACUGCCAUCAUGGGGGCCUCUGUCUGACCUCUUCCCAGCCAGGCUCUGUCCCUCACUGUGCCUGCCUCAGAGGCUAUGGGGGCCCUGACUGCCUGCUUCCUCCAGUCCCUCAGGGUUGUGGAUCUCCUUCCCCUUGCCUACACAAUGGCAGCUGCAUAGAGUCCCAUGGAGUGAAGGGCCCUGGUGGCUCUGGUUUCCAUUGUUCCUGCCCCCCUGGGUUCCUGGGGCCCCGAUGCCAAACAUCUGAGGCAGAGGCAUGUAAAGAUCGAGGUGGAGAUGGGGCCUGUGAUCCUGACUGCAGUAGCCCUGACGGCGCCUGGGAUGGGGGAGAUUGCUCCUUGGGGAUCCCAGAUCCCUGGAGGGGCUGCCCUCUCCAUGCUCGAUGUUGGCUCCUCUUCAGAGAUGGGCAGUGUCACCCACAGUGCAACACUGAGGAAUGCCUGUUCGAUGGCUACGACUGUGAGACCCCCCAAACCUGCAUUCCAGCCUAUGACCAGUACUGCCGGGAUCACUUCCACAACGGACACUGCGAGAAAGGUUGUGACACUGCAGAGUGUGGCUGGGAUGGGGGGGACUGCAGGACAGCAGCCUCUGACCCUGAAACAGGUCCUUCCCUGGCCCUGCUGGUGGUAUUGAGCCCUCCUAACCUAGACCAGCAGCUGCCCACCCUUGCCUGGGUUCUCUCCUUGGUGCUGAGGGUGGGGCUAUGGGUGAGGAAGGACCAACAAGGGAGAGAGAUGGUAUACCCCUACCCUGGACCUCAAGCUGAGGAAGAGCUCCACAGAAGUAGGAACAACCCCCAACGAGAAAGAACAGCACCCCCCACCCUCCUCUCCAGCAAAGAGACUGACACCCUCCCUGCUGGAUUUGUGGUGGUGCUAGGUGUGGAUUCAUCCCGCUGUGGCUCUGCCCCUCCCACCCCCCGAUGCCCAUGGGACCCAGGCUUCCUGCUCCGCUUUCUAGCUGCAAUGGCCGCUGUUGGGGCCCUGGAGACCCUAUUGCCUGGGCCCCUGCUAGUUGCCCAUCCCCAGGAAGGCACAGCACCCCCAGCACCCCAGCUCCCCUGGCCUGUGUUAUUUUCCCCAGUGGCUGGGGUGAUUCUCCUGGUUCUGAGUGGGCUCCUGGUCCUCCAACUCAUCCGGAGAAGGCGCCGGGAGCAUGGGGCUCUCUGGUUGCCCCCUGGUUUCUCUAGUAGGCCUCGCCCUAGAACAAGACCUGCCCCCCGUGGACGUCGGCCCCCUCUGGGUGAAGAUAGCAUCGGACUCAAGCCAUUGAAACCAGAGACUGAGGCUGAUGAGGAUGGGGUUGUGAUUUGCUCAGGUCCUGAAGAGGGAGAAGAGAUAUACCAGGCUGAGGAAGGGGUCCCACCACCCAAAUGCCAACUCUGGCCUCUGAGUGGAAGAGGACAAGAGUGUCUCCAGGUAGCCAUGCUGACCCCUCCCCAGGAGCCUGAAAAUGAAGCCCCUGAUGUAGAUGCCUGUGGACCUGAUGGGGUAACCCCACUGAUGUCAGCUGUGUGCUGUGGGGGAUCAGAGCCUAGAAUACAAGAGGGGCUGUGCCCAGGGCCACAGGGAACAGAGCCAUGGGAACCACUCCUGGGUGGUGGGGCAAGCCCCCAAGCCCAAACUGUGGGGUCAGGGGAGACCCCACUGCACCUAGCAGCUCGAUUUUCCCGUCUACCUGCUGCCCGACGCCUCCUUGAAGCUGGUGCCAGCCCCAAUGAGCCAGACAGAAUGGGGCGUACCCCACUCCACACAGCUGUGGCUGCUGAUGCCCGAGAAGUCUGCCAGCUCCUGCUUCGGAACAGACAAACUUCAGUAGAUGCUAGAACAGAGGAUGGGACAACGCCCCUCAUGCUGGCUGCACGGCUAGCUGUAGAGGACCUGGUAGAAGAGCUGAUUGCUGCCCAAGCAGAUGUAGGAGCCAGAGAUAAAUGGGGAAAGACAGCCCUACACUGGGCCGCCGCGGUGAACAAUGCUCGGGCCGCCAGCGCCCUGCUCCAGGCCGGAGCUGACAAGGACGCUCAGGACGGCAGGGAGCAAACGCCGCUCUUCCUGACUGCCCGGGAAGGGGCGGUGGAAGUGGCCCGGUUACUACUGGAGGCGGGGGCGGCCCGGGGAUUGCGGGACCAGGCGGGGCUCGGACCCGGAGACAUCGCCCGUCAGCGCGGACACUGGGACCUGCUGACGCUCCUGGAAGGGGAAGGGCUUCCGGAGUCCCGGCCCUCUUUACGCCACAAAGCCUCCCUCGGCUCGGUGGGUGGAGACAAGACGGAGAAAGGCGCCUUCCCGCGCACUACGACCUUACCUGGAGGCGGGGCUUUUCCGCGCGGCCGGGUGACGUCAGGAGGAGGAAGCACGCACGGGGGUGGGGCUUACCCUCCCGGCCGAACAAUGUCAAUUGAUAUGGCUCCGCAUGGGGGCGCGGCCUUCCCCCGCAGCCGGAGCCUCUCCGGAGGUGGAGCCCCGCCCCUUCGCGGCCUGAGGUCCCCAGCAAGCAUGCGCGGAGCUCGACACGGCCCUAGGUUACUAUUGGAUCGAUCCCGCGGCCACAGAAGCGGAGCCACAACAGGCAGCUGGCCUUAUGAUUGGGUGGCUCUGGGAGCCUGUGGCCCCACCCCCAGGACUCCAGCCCCGCCUCCUUGCCUUACUCCCUCCCUUGAGCAAUGUUCCCCCCAAGCGGCCUGGGUACCCAAUCCCUCGGAGUGACGCCCCUAAACAGGGAUACGGUGGUGGUGGUUGGGGAGAUGGAUGCUCAAAGCAGCAGAGUCUGGGGAUCCCCCAGAUUUUAGGCAGAAGAGGCUCAAGUGCAGGGGGAUCCUUCCCCACAAUGGAACGGGCUGUGUCUGCUCCUAAAAUAAGUGUUUGCCCCCUUGAAUGAGCAAGGGAGAGGACCUCAGCUGUCCCUUCCCUGCGUUGGGAUGAAGACAGUAUCAGCCUCCAGAGAGGGCACAUACCAACACCAACACCACCACCACUGCCCCCCUAGAAAGAUCAUGGGAUUGGUGAGGAACAGAAACAGGAGAAAAGGAGACAGGCAAACCAAAACGCAGGGAUGCUGGGAGAGCACCCCCAAACUGAAGCGAGGAUUGCCCCCAAAAGAAAGGAAAACAGGAUAUGAAAUUGUUCCAAUGGGAGCCUGCCUCUGGAGGAGCCCCAGUUCAGAGCCGAUGACUCCUUGUGUUUCUUCCCUUCCCAGAUUAGAUGAGAUCACUUAAGGAUGAGGCACCCAACUCUUCCAGUCAUCUCUCCACUGUCCCUGUCGUACUGGAUUGUUAUCUCCUAAUAAAGUUGAUUUCGGAUCA